AUGGCGAGAGGCGCAAAACGUGCGCGAGCGGAUUCCGAAUCGUCUCAGUUUCAGCCGCAGCUUCCUACCAAGCGACAGAGGGAACCGGAAGUCAUGGCAGCGCAGGUAAAUGAGGAGGCUGACGACACUACUGCGGCCGACGACGUGCGAUACAUGAGAACGCAGCCAAAGGCCCAAGCACCCACCGAAAGCUCUCGAGCCAAGUCCUUCCCCAGUCAGACAUCCACAGUCAUUGACUUGACGCUGAGCGACGAACUUGACGAUGUGUUCCCCUCAUAUUUAUCGAGGUUGAAAGCUCCUCAGGAUCAGGCUGACAACAUUACUGUGCCAGACGAUGUACAGUACAUUGCAGAUGUUCUUGCUGGGCGCGAAAAAGCGAGACUGGAGAUGGAGAAGAAGAGUAUGGAGUCGGCCAUGAAUGUCAUGAACGCUCAACGCUCACAUACGUCCAUAAUGUUCACCCCUCAAGAGGCAAUAGCCUUUCUCUGGCAACCCCAGCUAGCGAUCACCUACGAUCUUCCGACUGGCGACUAUGUACCUUAUCCCGUUCAUAGGUCAUACCACCUGGGCGGUAUGGGUCGGUACGCAGAUACUCGUGCUGCUAUGCAUACAAGUCUGCCCUAUCGUCCUUCCGGCGCUGGUGGACGCGGCCCUCGUGCGAAUGACCGUAGGUCAGACCGAACGGAGGCUCACGGUCGCUUCGCUUGA